AAAUACCUGAACCUUGGAAGGUUCGACGUGAUGUCCAUGUACCUACAUUAGUUGGGUGUUGCCCCGCAUCGCGUCCACCCAUCGUACCUGCCUACUUAACAUCACUGUAUGUACAAUACAAUACAUGCGCAGGUGAGUACAUAUUGUUGAUGCAGUCAGAGCCUGCCGCAGUGCCGCCAGCCUAAGGUACAACUGGUACAUAAGUAACUAAAGGUACUGUGUAUUAUUUAACGCACGCGCGUGUAUACCCAGUACCUAGUUAGUACCUUAGGUAGAUUAUUGAUGUUACCUCAUACAUAAUUGUUAGCUCGGACUCCGUGAUGCUUAUUAGCAACAACGAACAUUGAAUCUUCAAAUUCACAAAGCUACAACUACUACACCCGCAACUACUUACAGCAACUACUUACAGCAACCAUUACUACUACAACCACAAUAGCCUACCGCCCCCAGGCACACUCUUAUCCUCACAACAUUGAUCAUUCAGCACCAUAUCACUCAAUGUUUUGUGCUCUCCCUUAUCUUUGAAUGCUCAUAUAAUCGUUCAAUUAUAUCGCCAAUACCUAUAUAAGGUAUUCGCUAUAGCCAUAUUUGUGAAGGCAAGGGAUGAGAUGCAGGCUAUGGCUACCUCUGUCUCCCCAAUGACUCCUCGCCGUAGUGCUAAGCCGGCUGCGCCUUAUUCUACGCGCGCUCCAAGUCCUCCGCCUAUUAUCAUACCUGCCCCGAGUCUACACGGUGCCCAUAACCGUCUCAAGGUUGUGCCCAACUACGAAAAAGUUGAUCCCGUCUCGCUCAGCAUAGAUGACAUUGCUAUCAUCACUCAGAGCCACAAAGAACAGUUAACUAACGACUCCAACACUAACUGGUCCUAUGAGAGCCGCCAUGUCGCACAACCUAUCCUUGACUACCUCUAUCUCGGCCCCUUUAGCGUGGUCCGGAAUAGAGAAUGGCUGCGCGAAACCGGAAUCACGAUGCUUCUUGCCGCUCGAGAUUCCCAGAUGGCCAGCAUUCGCCUGAUGGCUGUUGACAAAGUUGCUGAAGAAUUAGGCAUCCAGGCAACAUAUGUCGAUGUCUCGAACUACAAUGAACUAAUUCGCGCUUUCCCCACAUCCGUUCGAUCCAUCAACGACCACUUGUUAAACGUCUUUCGUGGACAGCGUAUCAGUGACGUGGAUGUCCAAAUUGGUGAUGGCCAGAUGGUGAUCCCUUCCAACAAUCUCCGACGCGCGAAGGUACUUGUGUUCUGCGAGACUGGAAACGACCGUUCCGCCGGUGUCGUUGUCGCCUAUCUCAUGUCUGCAUUCGGAAUGGACAUGAUCGAGGCCUGCCAGUUUGUUCACUACAAACGCUUUUGCGUGAGCUUGCACGAUGACCUCAGACAGACGCUCAGAUCAUUCGAGGAUAUCCUUCGCGCACAACGUACUGUGCACCGCUAUGAGCUUGAGAGCAGCACUAGCGGUGUCAGACGCCAGAAAAGGAGUAUUGAUGAGGCACAAGACCAAAACGAAGAGAUGGGAGAAACCAAUGAAAACACGGCAACAGAUGAAGACCGCUUUGUGGGUCGCACUUUUGUUCCCUUCGUCGACGACAAUGACAACUCCUUGCAAAAUGGCUUGUAAAAUACAUAUUCGCGCUCAAUUUACGGUUCCGGAGGCAUUGCACAAUGGUACUUGGCAAGGUGGAAUAAAAACGCAAUAGGCUCAGGAUAGCAUGGUUACAUAGGUGGUGUUACUUACUGCUAACUGCAACGGUCAGCAAAGGCGUUACUGGAUGGCAUAUACCCCCACACACACAAGCACAAUAAUGGAUUUCGGUCGAUGGUCAUUAUAGGUGGAAGGAAAAACGCAUGUUCUGAUCGUUAUGCGUUUUGUAUCGAUAGAUGGAUGCUGUGGCUGCACACUGGCAAUCAAGAAUGAUGAGGAUAGCCUCCUAUUCUAAAUUAUGCUUCGGCAAUGAUAAUUCGAUGCUAUCUGUAUCCCG